UUCUUCGUUCUCUGUCGCCGGCAAUUCUCUUUUCAUCUCUAACUCUCCGAACUUUAACGUUACAUUAAACCGGUGAUAGUUCAUCAAUGGCGGGUCGAGGCAAAACCCUAGGAUCUGGCGCCGCCAAAAAGGCAACCUCAAGGAGCAGCAAAGCCGGCCUCCAAUUCCCCGUCGGUCGUAUUGCUCGGUUCCUCAAGGCCGGAAAAUACGCCGAGCGCGUUGGUGCCGGCGCCCCUGUAUACCUCGCCGCCGUCCUCGAAUAUCUGGCCGCCGAGGUUCUGGAGUUGGCUGGAAACGCUGCGAGGGAUAACAAGAAGACUCGAAUUGUGCCUCGUCAUAUACAAUUGGCGGUUAGGAACGACGAAGAAUUGAGCAAGCUUCUUGGAGAUGUGACUAUUGCCAAUGGUGGUGUGAUGCCUAAUAUUCACAAUCUGUUGCUCCCUAAGAAGGCUGGAACCUCUUCCAAGGGCGCUGGUGCUGACGAUGACUCUUAGAUGUCGUUAAUUUUUUAUUUAUUUUUCACGAGCAACUACCAAAUUUAGCCUUUUUGUUUUCCUCUCUGUUUUUAGAUUCAAACAGGGUUUGAUUCUUGUGCUCUGUAACUCUAGUUAGGUUUUCAGUAGUGCUGUUAAUAUAAUGAUAUUCAGCUUGUUCCUUUUGAGAAGAGAAUCUUCGAUUUUUUUUUUUUUUUUUUUAAAUUUCCCCUUUCAAUUUGAUGCAUUGACGACACUC